AUGAAUACUAACAUAAUGCAUUAGGUCUAAACAAUCACAUGCAUACAUAGAACUGAAGGUGACAUCUUUUAUUUAAAGGAAAAUUUACUUCUAAUACUCUAACCUUUGCCCGGUUCUCCCAAAACACACCAACCUUUUGAUUAUUCCAGAUUACACCAACCUUUAUCCCCCAUCUUCCCAUAUUACACCUAGCAGGUAACUUAUCAGGUUAAGCCGAUUUCCUGUCCUACGUGGCACUGACCGUUACCCCCCUUUUUAAAAAUUCUUUCUUUUUAAAAUAAUGUCCCAAUAUUCGUUCGAUUAAAAUUAAAAACCCACCCCCCUGUUCUUCUUCCUCCCUCAAACGUUCCUUUGUUGAAUUCGAUAACUCUUUUUUGUCUUCACUCUUGCCUUGGUAAUGGAAAGGGGAAAGCAUCAACAACGAUCUGGUUCAUCUUCUUCAACCAAUAGUGGUUUUGUGGCAAGUAUUAGGUGCAAUUGUGGAAGGGAGGCUGUUGUGCGCACUGUGAAGAAAGGCCCUAAUUUGGGAAAGAAAUUCCAUAGUUGUCCACUAUGGCCUGAUACAGAUUGUAAGUUGUUCAAGUGGGCUGAAGGUGGUGAUGCAAUAGCUGAUGAGCUUCGAUUUCAAUUGUUUGAAAAAGAUACAACAAUUGCUGAAUUGGAGCUUGAGAAGAGCUUGAUUGAAGAGAAAGUGAAUAAGCUGGAAGUGACAAAGAGUAAGCUCCAGGAAGAGACUAAGAAGUUGACUGCUGAGGUUACCCAAUUGCGCAUUGAGCUGAUGAAGAGUGCAAGGAUGGAGAAGAAUGUGUCAAUGGCAUUUGUGAUUUCAUGGUUUUUUUUUUUUUUUUUUUUUUUUUUUUUUUUUUUUUUUUUUGUGUUUGUUGUUGUUGUGUAAUGCAAGUAAGAGUAGGUAGUAUGGUAUGAACCUUGGAAGUAAGAGUAGGUAGUAUGCUGUGUAAUGUGUCAAUGUAUGAUUUCAUGGUUAUUGUGGAAAUAAUCUAAUAAUCUAUAAAUGAUGUAUGAACCUUGGAAUUAAGUAUGAAUGAAAUGAUGUAUUUUGUUGAUGCUUGGUUAUUUCAUGUUCUUAAUUAGUAGGAAAGUAAUGUAUUUGAUAGACAAAAGCAUGUAUCAGAAAGUAGCAUAAGUGCAUACAGGUUAGUACAUCAAAGUAAAGACAUUGGUUCCAAAACAUUACAGUUCCACCCUAAUAAAACUAGACCAUUGUUUCCUUCCAAAAGAUGAUAGUUUAAAAAUACAGCACCCAAAUAAACUUCAUUCAACUAUGUCUAACCUAACACUUGGUAUGCUCUCAGACUUGACUUGAUUGAGUCCCAAACUCAUGGUUGCCUGACUGACCCUGUUGGCUAGGUUGACCAAGUCCAUGUAGGAAAGCAUGGCACAUCAAUUUAUGGUUAGAGAAGCAUGACACAUCAAGUUAUGGUUAAAAAAAAAAUUAAAAAAAAAAAAGAACUUACUGGAGUGUAAGCACCUCCAUCAGCUCCAAUUAUGACACUAACUCCAUGAGGUAGCCUUCCUCUGCCCCUUCCAUCACCAACUUGGCUUGAGCCUGUCCUAGAGCCUCUCCCUCCUCUUGAACCUCUCCCUCCCCUAGAACCUCUCCCACCUCUUCCCAGCUGGGUUGGUUGUGCAGUAGCACUAAGAUGAGCUGAUGGCUGCUGCACAGUGGAAGAAGAAGUUGCAGGUGCUGCUCCCAAGGUGGUAGGAUAUGUUGGUGGGUUAGGUGCAGACUGAGGUGCAUGGGCAUCAUUCCUAGGCCUUCCCUUUGGUUUCUUAGGGGCUGGUUCAGUUGGAACAACUGUGUCCUUGUUUGGACACCUCCUUUUAUUGUGGCCCUUCACCUUGCAAACACUGCAAGUCAUUCCCAUGCCAGCCUUAGUCAAGGUUCCAGGCUUUUUAGGAUGUUAUGAUGGAUCUUUGAUCCUAUUUUUCCUAGGUCUACCAGGACCUAUCUUGAUAGGGGAAGGAUCAACACUCCAACUCACUGUAGGCUAGUGUCUCUCCCCCUCACAAGGUGGUAUGGAACCCGCACAUGUCAUAAGACAUUAAAAGAGGGAUAUGAAAGGGCAGAAAAAAAAAAAUAACAAAAAAAAAGAGAUAAAAAUGAGAUUGAAGAGUCCACCUGCAUAUGCCUGCAAGUAAACCUCCCUCCUAUAGCAGCUGUCAACAUAAGCCUCUGCCUCUUGAUGCAAGAAAAAUAUGCAUGCCACAGCAUGACAACAUGGUACACCCACCAUGUCCCACUUCCUGCAUGUACAGGUCUUGGCUUCCAGAUUGACCACUAGCUGAUCCAAUUUGUAGUUCACAUU